AUGCCUCUCAGCGACGAGAGAGUAGAAGAGAUUAUCAUGGCCUUCGGCCUGAUACGCCAAGCUGAAGGCGAACACCUGACCGCUUGGGAGACGUUCUGGGGGGUGGACAUACAGGAAGAGGAACAGCCUAUCUGGAAACAAUGGCAGGAAGCUCUGAAACCCAUCAAGCGGAAUAAUGCUUUCACGGACCUUGCUAAGACGCUUAGUCUGAUUAUCGAGGACGCGGACCUCGAUAUACCCCCAUGUCAAUUCUUCGAAACCUCCUGGAAAACGGCUCUUACCUCGACCGAAGGGCGAAUCGCAAUUUUAUCUGAGUUUCGGCGCUUGGAGGCCCAAAUCAUCGAAUGGCGGGGCGAAGAUGUCAGCGACGACGUGGUGAUCAUAGGGCAGAGAGGGUGGGAGAACUUAUCUGGCAUACUAUCUUCUUGCCCGAUGCUUAUCUCGUCAGCGGAACAUGAUUCUUUACGCCGAGAAACGUUCCGUUCUCUUCUGUUCUCGAGGUGUUUUCAGUACCGACACGUUGAUUUUCUCGGCAUCUAG